CAUUCCUCUGUGUGGGUGGUGCGGCUGCAGGUAUUCGUGCCGGUCCUGCAUUCCUCUGUGUGGGUGGUGCGGCUGCAGGUAUUCGUGCCGGUCCUGCAUUCCUCUGUGUGGGUGGUGCGGCUGCAGGUAUUUGUGCCGGUCCUGCAUUCCUCUGUGUGGGUGGUGCGGCUGCAGGUAUUUGUGGGGUCCCGCAUUCCUCUGUGUGGGUGGUGCGGCUGCAGGUAUUUGUGCGGAUCCCGCAUUCCUCUGUGUGGGUGGUGCGGCUGCAGGUAUUUGUGCGGGUCCCGCAUUCCUCUGUGUGGGUGGUGCGGCUGCAGGUAUUUGUGUGGGUCCCGCAUUCCUCUGUGUGGGUGGUGCGGCUGCAGGUAUUUGUGCGGGUCCCGCAUUCCUCUGUGUGGGUGGUGCGGCUGCAGGUAUUUGUGCGGAUCCCGCAUUCCUCUGUGUAGGUGGUGCGGCUGCAGGUAUUUGUGUGGGUCCCAUAUUCCUCUGUGUGGGUGGUGCGGCUGCAGGUAUUUGUUCGGGUCCCACAUUCCUCUGUGUGGGUGGUGCGGCUGCAGGAUUUGUGCGGGUCCCAUA